CGUUCGAAUGGAAACAUAGGAAAGUGUUCGGAACACGAAUCGGCAGGAGGGGAGAUGUACAUGUGUAGAGGAUGGAUUUAAAUUGUAAAUGAGUCGGAUCAACUCAAGCGGUGACGAGUUGUGUGCUGUAACCGUGUACUUGGUAUAAAGACGGAUGAUCAGCGAUUCUGUUGGAUGUUAUGAUAUUGUGACUGGAGUAGGGUGUUCCGAGCGGCUGCGAUGCAGAUGAUAUUUUGAGAGAGCUCGCCGCAAAAUGUAACGGUCUUGCAGGAGUUGUGUGUGCUAGCUAUAGGCUUGGAGAUAUGUCGUACACUGGUUUGUUGUUCUGGUGUGUUAUUUAAAGAUCACACUUGUAAUGUGAUCGUUACAUGUUGGAUUUAUUUCUAUCUAAAUUUAACGAUAACGUUUCCCGGAUUUUCAGUUGGAUCGGAGAAGUCUUACUUAUCUAAGGCCGUGAGGCAACAUGGCGACCGUAAGGAUGAAAGGAGUGGAUAUAUGUCUGUUUUACCUUGUGUGUCUAAUGGGUAUGAUUGGUUUUAUACAUUCCACUGCACCAACAAAAAUUGGUAAGAUUAAGACAAAUGUUUAUGUACCUUUCAAAACACCACCAUCAACUGUCAUUACGAAACUCUCCGUAUCAGGAAAAGUACCUGUUUUGGAAAGUUUCGGUGAAAAAGCAAGGUCACUUUUUACAGUGGACAAGGGUCAUUUUAUGACAAAAGACGACCUGACAUCUUCAUUAGGAAAGGAAUUUACAUUUUACGUCAGGGAUGCUUUAGAAAGUGGACCAAUCCUGGAUGUGUUGCAUGUUAUUGUUGACAAUUCAACAGAUUUGUUUACUUUUCCACAGCAACAAUACAUUGGCACCAUCAAGGAAAACCAACCAUCCCUUUCACCUGUGGAAAUAGUCGGUCAUGUUUGGUCUAGAAAUCAUGAAUCUGUGUCACUUGGUCAUAUUAGAUAUUCCAUCUUUUACAAUACAGGGUCAAAUAAUUUUCAUCUCAAACACAAUCUUUAUAGCCAAGUAGAAGAAAUCAAAUUUGUCACUAAAAACCCGCUAGACAGGGAAGAAAACAACCAAUACAGAAUUAUAGUCCAGGCAGAAAAUGACCAGGGUCAAAAAGCACAAGCUGUGGUCAAGAUAUUUGUACUGGAUGAAAAUGACAACAUUCCAAAAUUCGAAAAAUCAUCAUAUAAUGUAGAAUUUGGUGCAGGAAUUUACGGGGGAACAAGGGUGCUUCAAGUUCGUGCCUUUGACUUGGAUGAUGAAACCAUCGCAUAUAAAAUCGCAGAUGAAAAUGGUCUGUUUAUCAUCGACCCAGUUAGUGGGAAAGUAUUCCUGAAGAGAAAUGCAUACCUUGAUUCUGGGAAUUACAUGUUCUAUGUUGUGGCUCGAGAUUCCAGCGGUCACUCUAGUGACCCAGUCAGUGUUCAAGUCAAAGUGAUCCCUAAGGCGCUAAAAUUUGAAUCUUAUCGUCAUCGCCUAUCUAAAAGGUCUACAGUCAUCAAUCGUGUUGAGAAAACCUACGAAGUUCAGGAGAGUAUGCCCAGUAGUAAGUCUAUGUUCAGUAUAGCGUCGACCCCGCCCCCUUUAUCAGGGGUGGAGCAGUAUAGUUUAGUGGAGUCCUCCCUUCCCGAAACGUUUCAAGUUGACACCCGUGGAUAUGUCUAUAUCAAACAAGGGAGACAACUUGAUUACGAAGACAUGCAGCAUCGCAUCAUUACCCUGAAAUUCCACAUCACCAACUCGAACAACUUUCAAGAUCUAACAGAACUCACAAUCACUCUGAAAGUGACAGACACCAACGAUGAACGUCCAACAUUCGUUAAUCAACCACGCCCCUUCCUGGCAACAGUGUCGACCAAUCCAAGCGUGGGAGAGAUGGUCUACGAACUGCUUGCAUAUGACCCAGAUAUAGGCUCGGAUAUCAAAUACAUUUUGGAAUCAGCUGGUGAGAGGAAGUUUGCUAUUCAGAAUGUCAACGUCAAUGGGACAAACGUUGGGCGCAUCAUUACGACGGUCAGUGGAAAUGGUCAGUUUGAGAGGGGGCGUGUUUACGAGCUUGUUGUCUCUGCUCGUGACAUGUCUGCCCUUGAUGCCACCCAGAAGUCGGAUUUUGAGAUUGUCCAAGUCCUGGUUGGUUAUCGCUCACCGCAGUUCUUCGAGAAUCCUUACAUUGCCUACGUGUCUGAGAACAACCAGGCGGGAUACAAGCGGGGAAGUGUUUGGCUCCAGACAGCGGAGAGAGUUAAUCUGAAAAUUCAGGCGAAGCCGUUUCAAUCACAGCAAGGGGACCAUUCAGUACGAUUUCAUUUGUAUGAUGAGCGGAAUCAACCAUCCUCGUUGUUCGCCAUUAACGAGGUUGGGGAAGUGGAGACGUUACAGAGCAUGGACUAUGAGGCGUCGUCAAGGAAACAGUUUACAUUGACACUCAAUGGUACAGAGGAAACCACCAGCCUCACAAGCUCAACACAGCUGAUAGUGAACCUAGAAGAUUCCAACGAUAACUCGCCUGUAUUUGGUCUGUCCACGUAUACGAACAGUACAAGUGAAGGGACGUCCAUCAACGCCACCCUUUUCUCCGUGAUCGCAACAGACCGAGAUUCAGGAGAGAAUGCAGAACUGACCUACGAAGUGACCAAUGACCAUUUCUAUGUGGUCACUCGCUACGACCCGGUGUCUGGUAACUACAUUGGUGACCUCAAGGUGGCUAAGAGGUUGGAUUACGAUUUCCAUCCCGACCGACUCUACAAGUUCAACGUUACGGCAACUGAUCAUGGUUCCAUCCCAAAGAAGGGUUGGGCUAGUGUGGUCAUUUAUGUAACUAAUAUCAACGACGAGAAGCCUCGGUUUGGGACCGGGUUGGAGGAAAUCAACGCCAGUAUCAGGGAAGAUCUGGCCGCCAACAAUUAUGUGACGAUGAUCCAGGCUGUCGACCCUGACGGCGACAAUGUCGAGUACUACUUCACCGAGCGAUUAACAGCAGCUCCUAAUGGUCCUUUCAUAAUUGAUCCAAAGUCAGGGGUCAUUCAGUUGUCCAACUCCAUCCCUCCAGCCAUACCAAAGUAUGUGUUAAAUAUCACCGCCUAUGAUGAUGGGUCGUGCUGCGACGGCCAUGUGACCCAACGUCAGGAUGCGGUUCUUGUCGUGGAGAUCAAGGACAUCAACAACAACAACCCACGCUUUCCCUCGUGUAAUUACCAACCCAAUGUGAUGGAGAACCAGCCUGUGGGGACUCGGGUCGUACAGGUAAGAGCAGAAGACAACGACCGCGGCCCAAAUGGUCAGAUCACCUAUUCUGUGGUCACGCCUGCUUAUCAGAACAAGAACUUUGAUGUUGAUCCAGACAACGGUACAGUGGUGACCAACAUUUUGUUUGACCGUGAGUCGCAGCAGGGUUCCCGUGGUUACCCUGUCACCAUAAAGGCGGAGGACAAGGGACAACCUCAACAGCUCAACAGUCUCUGUACCUUUUGGGUGCGCAUCGAUGACCGCAACGACAAUCGACCCUUGUUUGAUUCGCUUUCCUACUCCAAACAGAUCACACGCACAUUUGAGGUCAAUAAGCGUGUCACUGGCGUGUUGGCUACAGACCGUGACAUGGGACAGAAUGCGGAGGUGACUUACAUUCUGGAGACUAAUCCUGGAAACUACUUCAGAAUAGAAGAGGACACUGGGUCAAUCUUUCUUGACAGUAGUCUCAUUGAUUUUCCAUACGUCAAGAAUCAGACUAGUAUCAUUGUAAUGGCGAAAGACAAGGGCACGCCGCCCCUCAACUCAACAGUGCGCGUCACCAUCAACCUGGCCGCGUCACAGGGCGAGGUACCCACUUGGGACGAUAGUUAUGACGGUAUGGUUUAUGAGGUUGAGGAGACUGCUCUCGCGAGUUAUGUUAUUGGUACAUUCACAGCGAGCUCCAACAUCUUAGACCCACAGCUUCAGGGUGUCAGUUUCGCUCUCAUAAAAUCAGAUGGAUCCCAAUCACAAUUUGACGACAUGUUCCGGAUUUCCACUCCAUCCAAUAUGGUGAAGUUAAAGCUCCGUGGGAAUCUGGACUACAACCUAAAGAACAUGUACACUGUCCGGUUACGUGUUACGAAUAAGGGCCUGAACCCAGCGUCUAAUGAAAUGCGGGUGACUGUGAAGGUGAAGGAUAUGAACAACCAGCCGCCACGGUUUGAGGGACUCGACCCUACCAUGAGUAACACCUACCGUGGAAGUGUACCGGAAAACGAACCUGUUGGCCAGACUGUCAUCACAGUCAAGGCUGUUGAUGCUGAUCAUGACAGCCCUAACAACGAGGUGCGGUACAGUAUAACUGAAGAUCGGUAUGGCGUCCACCGACUGUUUGACAUCAACCCCCUGACUGGUCUGAUCACUACCAACUUCACGUUUGACCGAGAAAUUGAUAACCUCUACUAUAUUGAUAUCAAAGCUGUGGAUGGGAAGCCGUCGGACGUGCUCGGCCACGAGCCUGUUGGCAGUCCCAACAGUGCCACUGCCCAGGUACUGGUUAUAAUUGGGGACAAGAAUGACAACACCCCACGUUUCCAGCAGACACUGUACGAGAAAGAGGUCCAGGAACAGCCUCCCGACAGCAGCAAAGCCAUCAUCCGAGUCCUGGCCGAGGACCUGGACAGCUCUGAUGUCCUCACUUACACCAUCACCAGUGGUAAUGUGGGUAACGUGUUUGGCAUCAAACAGAAGACUGGAGAACUCUACGUGGCUCGAGAUCUGGAUUACGAAACCCCACCGAAGGUCUACAACUUGACCAUCACAGCUAAUGAUGGUUACCAUACCAACACCACAAGGGUCAAACUGACCGUACUAGACAUCAAUGAUAACCAGCCCGAGUUUACUCAGUCUGAGUACGUCAUCACAGAUGUAGUCGAGGAGAUUGACCCUCCAGCGGGACAACAGAAGUUCCUCGUACAGGUCAGUGCUACAGACAAAGAUAUCGACCGUCCACACAACUUCAGAUAUAGUCUAAACAUUGAUGACCAAGAUCCUGCUAACCCAAUGUUCACCAUCGGUCCCGAGGACGGCAGGAUUUUCCUAAAACGCAGUCUUAACCGUGAUCUUCCAAAUGGCCAGGCCGAGUACCAGUUUAACAUCAUUGUUGAAGAUGAACCUGGAAAUCCACAAUCUCUGAUUGGCUACGCCUACGUGAAAGUUCAGCCGAAAGAUAUCAAUGAUAAUGCUCCAUUGUUUGUUGGAAAUCUGACUGGAUAUGUUCCAGAGAAUUCAGCUAAAAGGAAAAACAUCAUGACAGUGCGCGCCAAGGAUUUUGACCUGGGACAGAACGGCACUGUAUACUAUCAGAUAGAUGGACGAGGAAACACCCCAGCCAACCCUCAAAAUGGCGAUUACCUCUUCAAGAUCCAGGAGUCAUCCGGUCUGGUCUACUCCAACACAGACAUACUGAACCGCGAGGUGCUUGACCGAUACUACCUCCAGGUGAUAGCAUUUGACCGCGGUGUCCCACAGAGAAGUAGCACUGCUACCGUAACCAUCAAAGUAUCGGACGAAAACGACGAGGCUCCAGUGUUCCUACAGAAGAUAUACCGUGUAACUUUGUCCGAGAGUCAGAAGAGUGGUCCAGUCAUCACGGUGUCCGCCACUGACGAUGAUAUCGGGGAGAAUGCUAAGUUGACGUACACCCUACAGAGUGAUCUGAGCUUCUUCUCCAUUACCACGCUACCCUCCAAUGCUGGCGUCAUCAACGUGUUCCAUCCUGUUGAUUAUGAAAACGUCCAACAAAGAUUCUUCAACUUGACUGUCAAGGCAAGAGAUUCUAACCCUCUCCACGAAGACCAUGCGUUCGUUGAGAUUACAGUAACAGAUGCCAAUGAUGAACCUCCAAAGUUCACAGACACUGUCAAGAUCAAGGACUUCAACGAGAACAUCGAGGAAGGGACAUUACUCUAUACAUUCACUGCCUAUGAUAAAGACAGCCCGCCAAACAAUGACUUUACGUUUGCUAUAGCUGACUACUCAGACAGGUUUUAUGUAGAACAACAGGGGAACAAGGGCUUUGUGAAGAUCCAGAAAGGUUUGGAUGGACAGACAUUGGACCGGGAAACUAGCUCAAAGUAUACUGUGGAAGUGCUUGCCAUCGACAAAGGUGAUCCACCUCUGACAGGGACAGCCACUCUCAUCCUGAAUGUAGCCGAUCUCAACGACGAGGCACCAACAUUUGCCGAGAAUUAUCGACCAGUCGUAAUGGAGGAUGACCCAUACCCUCAGCAAGUGUUGACCUUCAAAGCCCGAGAUCGUGACACGCGUGCUCAUGGACCCCCAUUCAAAUUUUAUCUGCCCCCAUGUGAGAAAAACCCAACUUGUGAUAGAGACGGCAACAUGAACUUUACCUUGGUAUUCAACCAAUCUGGUGAUGGCAACAACGGAACAGGGACCAUUUACGCACAGAACCGUUUUCUGCGAGAGGAGAAGAAAUUUUACUAUCUCCCUAUCGUGAUGACCGACAUGGGAGGAUACCAUCCCCUCACUAUGACCGGUACCAGCACACUGACCAUCGAGAUUGGCGAUAAGAACAACAACCAGCACGUUGACGGUGUUAAGGACAUCUUUGUGUAUAACUACAAAGGUUUGUUUGGUAACAUUGAAAUUGGCCGCGCAAAUGCCAACGACCCGGAUGAUUGGGACUUCAAGGACAAGUGGUACUACUUCAUAGGACCGAAGCGCAUGGCUCGGUUCUUCAGUGUUUCAAAAGAGAAUGGGACAAUUACGAUGAAGAAGGGUGUGCCGGAUGGAUAUUACGAGUUCAAGGUUCUGGUGUACGAUCAUAUUGUCUUCAACCAUCAUAAUGCCACCGCCACUAUACACGUCACUGUACAGGAAAUAGAUGAUGAAGCGGUAUUCAGCUCGGGGUCUGUCCGACUUUCUGGUACAAGUGCUGAAGCAUUUAUGGAGGAAGGACCUGCAGGGAGUAGUUACAACCGGUUCAAGUCUCUUCUCGCCAGACGUCUGGGAGUACGUGAGAAUAACGUGGCCAUUUUCAGUGUGAUGAAUAACGGCUCUUACACUGAUAUAAGAUAUGCAGCACAUGGGUCACCAUGGUACCCAGCCAGCAAACUGGACGGAACGGUCAUGAUGUACAAGGACGAGUUUGAAGCGAUAUCUGGUGGAAAGAUUGCCAUGGUCAGCAUAGAUUUGUGUGUGAAGGAAGUGUGUGAAAGUGGAGGCUGCACAAACAACUUGUUUGUAGACAAUCACCCAAGUCUUGUAAACACGAAGGGGCGGAGCUUUGUGGGUGUGUCUACGCUGAUCAGAACUGACUGCAUCUGUAAAGCGAGAGACUUCUCCAAACCACUCGUGUGUAAGGCUGGGUACUGCUACAAUGGAGGCACAUGUGUCCGUGACAACUGGGGCGAAGUUCUUUGUGAGUGCCCACAAGGAUUUGAUGGUAAACGUUGUCAGAAGACCCGACACAGCUUUCAGAGCGGUUAUGCCCUCUACCCCGCCUUUGCUCAGUGUGAAGAAAGCACUACUAGCAUAGAGUUUAUCACCACCGUGGAGAAUGGUCUUAUUUUCUACAACGGACCUGUGGCGCCGAUAGGCCCCGACGUCCCACGAGACUUCAUUGCCCUGGAGCUGAUUAAUGGGUAUCCACAGUUACAGGUCGACCAUGGUACCGGCAAGGUCAUGAUGCCACUUGAUGGCAAAGACAAAAACCAGAUCACACGACUCAAGAAACUCAACGACGGUGUUUGGCACCACAUUGACAUUGUCCGUAAAGGAAGGAUGGUCACUAUGACGGUAGACCAGUGCCAAGCAUCUGUGUUUGAGCACGGAAGUGAGUCCAGUGAAGAUCGUCAGCCGUGUGAAAUAACUAGCAGUACUAGGGGACGUAACAAGUACCUGAAUGUCAACGCCAUGCUACAGAUGGGCGGUCGCUACAUCACACCUCCGUAUCCAACGGGGAUAACCAAUCAGAGCUUCUUUGGGUGUAUACGGAAUUUAUACCACAAUGGAGAGCUCUAUGAUUUAUACACGAGCCGAAACCACCCAGGUUUGAAUCAUGAGAAUGACUGCCCACAAGAAGAUCGGCAUUGCGAGGACGAGAGACGGCAGAGUGUCUGUGGGCCCCACGCCACGUGUGAACUUGUCCACUGGAACCACAAUGACUUUAAAUGUCACUGCAAACCUGGCUACAGACCUAAGUACAAAGGAUCCAACAAGUGUGAUACAAACACAACAGUUCGUGACUUGAAGGAUCAUGGUUUUAUGUCGUGGGUUCUGAAGAAUGAAAUGUACAACACCUUACAGGAGAGGAUGAUUUCUCUCCAGAUGAGUUUCCGUACUCGUGAUGCAGACGGCGGAAUUCUGCUCCACCUCCCGUCGACGUCUAAAGAGUACAUUACACUAGAGAUCGUAAACAAUCACCUACAAGUGACCUACAACCUAAAGGACCAUGAUGCACCCCUGAUGCCUAACGUUCUGUCUCUGUCGUCUGUCCCAGCCAACAAUGGACAGUGGCAUCAUGUCAAGUUCACUCGCACUGGCAAAUGGUUCCAGCUCAAGAUGGAUGGAGGGGAAGGUCGUUAUUACAACGAGACCUGGGGCAAAUUCGGAGAGAGUCAGAAGUUUAGUCUGCGGAGUGACCAGAUUGUGGCUGGAGCUCGCGUUGUGUUUGAUGCAACUCCCUCAUUUGAUAAACGUGGUCUCAAAGACACCUGCAUCACAGAUAUCCGAGUGGAUGAUUUGUGGUUCCCGAUGCGCGUGGAAGAAAACCUUCACAGCCCUGCAGCAAACCUUUCCCUAUACCCCAAUGUCCAGAUGAACUGUGUCCGUGACAACGACUGUACGGGCCACCUCUGUUCAAGUGGCAUCCCAAUCAGUAAAGAGUGUGUGCCUCUCUGGGGCGACAGAGACUGUAGGUGUCCAGCCGGCAGUGAGCCUGGGACUGCGGAGAACUGUAUCCCGAUUAUCUACUGUAAACCCAACCCUUGUUACUCGGGCGGAACAUGUAUAGAGCUCGACUACCCAGACACCUUCAUGUGUAACUGUCCCAUAGGAUGGACAGGUACACUCUGUAACCAACAGGCGCAGUCAGAGGUCAUCCCAGCUGGGGUCACGACAGAAGCACUCGUCAUUAUCAUCGUCAGCAUCUUCACCGUCGCACUGAUCGUGAUGCUUGUUUUCCUGUUGGUUUGGAAACUGACCAAGUGUGACACGGAGAAAUCUAUCUUGUAUGAUGACCAAUACGACGACAUCCGCGAGAAUGUCAUGGACCACGACGAGGAAGGGGCAGGUGAAGAGGAUCAGGACGGAUAUGACAUAUCUGGCUUACGUAAGCCAGAUCAGCCCUUCCUUCUACCAUCCCAGGGGAGGCCGGAUAAAGUGCGCCCUGGUGAGACUCCAGAUGUUGGAAGUUUCAUAGAAGACCGCCUGAUUGAUGCUGACAGUGACUCAAAUGCUCCUCCCCACGACAACGUCAUGGAGUUCGCGUACGAGGGCGGGGACAGCGACCUGGGGUCAUUGAGUUCACUCCACACAAGUUCCAGUGGCGGGGACCAGGACUACGAGUACCUAGAUGACUGGGGACCAAAGUUCUCCAAACUAGCAGACAUGUACCAAUCAGUUCCCACUGAGGACCAUUUGUGACCCCAGCAGUCCUAGGCUUCAUCUAUCAUGUGCUCAUGGACGCUGUUUUGUAGCCCACAAACCAGUUUUCAAUCUUCGGAGAAGUUAUUUACAAUCAUCAAUUCUUAGAUCCUCAUUUAACAGUGAAAUUAGGUGACAUAUGGACACCUUGUGCAUCUUGAAAAGAUUCUGAUCCGUGUGUUACGGACGAUUAAAACAGAGUGCUAUAUCAUGUAUUGUACGCUGAUCAAAGAAAGAUCAGUUCCCGUUCGUAGGGUCAGUAUGUUCAAAUGGUGAUCAUACCAACAUACAUUUAACUCCGAAGUUAAUGACAUGAGAAAUUGUGCAUUUCCAUUCCUCAACAUUCUGUGUGUGAUCAAAUCUUUACUGAAUUUGUGGAAGAAAGUCAAGAUAUACACAAUUAUCAUAGAAGAAACCAAAGAUAUUUUACUGUGAAAAAAUAUGUAGCAAGUAUAUAUCAUAGACAGGAGGUAGUUGUUGAUUCUAGUCAGGGACACAUCUGUCUAGGAGAAACGUAUCCUGCAACAAUUCUCAUUUUGUAUGUGUGUAUGUGUGUUUAUACACGUUUUACUUGUACACAUGUGUCAGACUGAUACAGGCUGUAUUUCGACAUAACUGUUUUAAAUGGUUUUGUGUUCUGGAUGUGAAAAUGACAAUUUGCUAAGCAUUCUUCGCUCCACAACAAAGUCAGCUGUGUGCUACCAUUCAACAAUAAGUUGCAUUUGUCAUCAGUGUUUUCUGGAUAUUUUGGAUAAAUAUAUAUUGUUCAACUGUAUAAAGCUAAAGGGAGAUAAGUCUUAUUUUGAUAUCGCACUUGACAUCCAUAGUGAAAGUGACUUCAUAUUGUGUGUUACUGGGCAACGUGCUCGGUGCUAUAUAUAGCCCACUGGAUAUUUGUUUUAAUUAAAUGUAUGUGAUUCCCCCCUGAAUACACUAAUGGACUGAUGACCAUUCCAGUGGUAUACAAAGUCCAAUUGGAGGAUAGUGGGGAUUGUUCCAGGGAACAUAUUUUCAUGUUCCCAGGAAUACAAUGGUUGUGCAAAUAAUUUAAAAAAUAAAUCAAAAUGGUCAGUUCCAAGCAAUGAUGAGAGACCAGUAUCAGAGUUGUCAAUUGAUGACCUUGCUUGCUACUAGUGUAUGAAAAGUAUUCAUAAUAUUGUGUAAUAUUUUGAGGUUGUCCUUGAACACAUUUUGAUGUUUGACUCAUUCCACUGAGCGUAGUGAUAGAGUAAAUACUGAAAAUACUGUAUUCAGGAAGAAAAAAAUCCAGACUGGUAAAGAUGACUUUUGCAGUGAGAGACUUAGCCAAUGCAUGUAGUCAGAAUCUAAUGGUGGAUAAAGCGUUGAUAUAUUCCUUCAUAUCAAGGCAAGAAGAGAUAGAUUUAUAUAGGUUAAAUUAAGAUGCUACUUAUAUUUCAAAUUCAUUAAAUGUUAGCAAGGUUAUGUGAGAGAUUAGAGUCAGGUAGUGUAUUAUAUAUGUAACACGAAAGUAGACAGAUGAGAAAAAGAUAGAGUGAGGUAGUGUAUUAUAUAUGUAAAAUGAAAAUGGAAAGAUUGAAUGAGAGAAAGGUAGAUAGAAGGAAGUAAUGUAUUGUAUAUGUGUAAUGAAAGCAGAAAGAUUGUAUGAGAGACAGAUGGCGAAGAGAGAGAUAGUGUUGUAAAAAAAAGGAAGUAAAGAGUGGUUAUUGUAUUUGAAGAAAGAUAAAGAGAAGAGAGAGAGCAAGAGAGUUAUAGUGUAUUAUAUAUGUAAAAAGAAAAUAGAAGUUGGGUGAUAGAUUUGAUAUACAGAUGGACCAAACCAUGUGCCCAGAGAAAUUUCAGCUAUAUAACAUAUAGUACCUAUUUACUUGAGUGUGGUAACUUUGGUGCAUCUUGUAGUCAUAUUGGAAAGGGGUUUUUCAACUGGAAUUUUCAAAAUCACACCUUGCCAUUUCCAUGUGUGAAACCUGACCAAUGAUAUAUUGACCAAUGACAUGCUUACAAAAAUCAUCACCUGUAUCAUUAUGUCGAACACAAAUAAUACAUCAUUUAGACUUAAUUCCAGAAAUGUUCCAACUCCAUGCAAAUGAUAUUCAAAUAGCACGGUACCAGAGGCUGCAAAAAACAUAACCUAUUUCUUCCUCAUUUAACCAUUUUUCUUGAUCAUAAUUAAAUUAGUUGUAAUUUUCAUUGUGUAUCACAGAAGUAUAUUUGCUAUGGUCUAUCUGCUCUCAAUUUAACCAGCACUGAAUGACAUCAAUUAUAAAUUUAUUUUCUUCAUCAUGAAAAAAAUAUUGAUAAGUGCAUUAUUUUCUGUUUAAAAAAAAAUGAUCUCAUUAGUUAUCUCAUAUCACCUUGGCAACAGGAUGCACCAAUAUAUACCAUUAUAUAUAUAUAUAAACAAUGACAAGUAAGUAUCACCCUAAAUGAAUAUUCAUCAUGUCAUUUAAUGCACAUAUUUUAAGGAACAGAAUUUCAUUGUAUUCCAUCUUCACCUUCAUCAUCAUCAGAUUGCCAUGUUAAAGCAUCACAUUUUUUUUUAAUAUUUUGAUACAUUUUGAGAGAAAAAAAAUCGUUUUUAUUGAAGUUGUAUUUUUCAAGUCUUGCCUUCUCAUAAAAUAUAUUCACCACAGUUUGUAUUUGGUUGACGAUCAUAUGGUCUGUAGUUGAUAUCGCUUUAAAUUACAUCUUUAGGUUUGUCUUUACAUUAGUGAAAUGAUUUUGUAUUUGAAUGAUCUUGUGUACAUGUUGUCAUAGAAAGUUUAAAGAUUUGCUUGCUGUCAUCAUAGUAUCAUCACGGUCAUCCUUUUAAGCCACUAUCUUGAAUUGCACUGCCAAGCUUUUACUUUUUCCCCCAUUAUUAUCAAUGCAAUUAGCAUGCUUUACUUUUAAAAGACCAAGAGAGAACACAUGAUAUUUAACCGUCAUGCUAAAAACCAUUAUUAGAAACGUUUUAGCAAUCAUAACAAUAACUUUUACAGAAACUGUUCUGAUUGAUUAUUACAGGGUAUAUUAAUUUGUAAUUCUUCAUUACUAUUGUCUCAGAAAAAUUUAUCAUUCUUAAUUUUUUUGGGGUUGAUAUAGAAUUAUAGAAAAUAUAUUUUCAUCCGUCUCCAUUGUUUUCAAAUGUUCAAAACUUGAGUUUCAUACAUAAGAAGAAGUGUGUGAGUGUAACAGACACAAUUUAGACUGUUGUCCUUCACAUAACAAGUUUGGUCGGUAAUUCAAAGGAGUUUUAAUUAAGCGGUGUGGUUGUGAAUUGAUGUGUGCAAUAUUCCACGCUAAUUUAUAUCAUCAUCACCAAACAAUUUUGAUGCAUGAUGAGAAUGUGUUUAAACAUUUCCCCCAAGUAAAUUUGUCAUAUACGUGGCUUUUAAAGCUUAUGAUUAUGUUGAAAUUCAGGUGCUUUGAGAUUUCUUUUUAAUAUUGGUACCAUGUGUAAAUUAUGCAAAGUUUUUUGCGUCCUUUGUAAUAAGUUUGUCUUCGGCUGUAUUUGUUGGUAUAGCUAAGAGUUGAUUUUAAUCUACGGUACGUGUCAUCUUGUUGUUGCUUACUUAACAGUGGAAUCCGCUCAUUGUAAUAUCCUGUUUGUCUGAACUUGUUACUUUGACUAAAACAGUUUUGACAGGUAUGUUAUAUCAAAGGAAAUGUGAUAUUAGCAGAAAUAUUACAUAAAUGAAAAUGUGUCAUUAAAGGGAAUGUGACAUUACCAGGAAUAUUAUAUUAACCAAAAUGUUACAUUAAGGUAAUUAUUACAUUAACAGGAAUAUGACUUAACCAAAAUGUUACAUUAAAGGGAAAGUAAGUUACAUUAAAAGGAAUAUGACAUUACCUAAGUGUUACAUUAAAUGGAAAGUAAGUUACAUUAAAAGGAAUAUGACAUUACCUGAGUGUUACAUUAAAGGGGAAGUAAGUUACAUUAAAAGGAAUAUGACAUUACCUAAGCGUUACAUUAAAGGGAAAGUAAGUUACAUUAAAUGGAAUAUGACAUUAACGUUUAUUACAAAACAGGAACCUUCAUUAUUUUACUUAGAUACUCGGGUAAAAAUUGUUGAAUUGGGAAUAGGAACACAGUACCUAUAGCAUAAUUUAAAGGUGUCUUUUGUUAUUUAAUUUGUCCAGGUUAACUUCAAUGUUUUAUUGGAUGAAAAGUGCCAAUUCUGGUAAGUUUUAAUAAAUGUAGUAUACGUUUGGAUAUUACACUUCGUGGAAGCCACUGUAGUAAAAUGAGAGAGAUGUUACAUACAAGAGCAUAAUAUUUGUAUAAGAUCUGAUGAUCUUGAACUUGCCAUGGUAGAAUUGGUUAUAGAUAGAAAUAAUUUAUCCGUGUCCUCAAUGAAAUGAAAUAUAAGGACCAGCUUAUUUAGAAAAUGUAAAAUAGCAACAGAGUAGCUUAUGAGAAACUAUGAUUUGGUUAAUUUUCCUUGUUCUAGUUUGUUAACUCUUUAUAUCAUUGGUUGUGAACUUUGACCUACAUGUAGUUUAUAGUUUGUAUGUCAGUAUCGUUAUUGUAGAUAUGUGGAUUAAAGCUAUUCAUACUUUCAAGCUUCUUCAACAAUGAUGAACAUCUCAGUACUUCUAAUAUAAUAGUACAAAAUGCAAUUUGAUUAAAUAACUCAUCUAAAUCAUUCAGUCGUAAAAUGUAUUUGGCGAAAUGUUUUCCAAAUUUCAUAAUACUGUAGGUGCCGCUAGAGCUAAAGGUUAACAAGAAAAACAAUUGAUAAUACAUAUAGUAGUCAGUACUGUAUUGGCUGUAUUUGGUGCCCAUGUGAUUUGCAAAUAUUCCGUCUUUGCGUAUUGCAGAGUUAUCUUCUCUUGGGAGCAGGUAUUGACUGUUACGUCAU